GGAAUGUAACUUGCACAUACUCGCAGUUCUUAGCUCAGAAAACACCUACUUGCUGUGUAUCACUUUCAUCGUUUUAUAACAGCACGAUAGUUUCCUGUCCGACAUGCUCUUGUGGAUGCCGAAACACUUCUCAGCCAGGGAAUUGUGUAGACCCAAAAGGUCCUCGGAUAGCAUCAGUCGUUCCAAAUCCUGGGAAGAACGCAUAUAUACCGCCCCUAGUGCAAUGUACACACCAUAUGUGUCCAGUUAGAAUCCACUGGCAUGUGAAGGUUAACUACAAGCUGUACUGGAGAGUUAAAGUCACCAUCACAAAUUUCAACUACAACAUGAACUAUACGCAGUGGAAUCUCGUCGUGCAGCAUCCUAAUUUCGACAAUCUCACUCAGACUUUUAGCUUCAACUAUAAACCCUUGACUCCUUAUGCUUCCAUAAAUGAUACUGGGAUUCUCUGGGGAAUAAAGUUCUACAAUGAUCUUUUGAUGCAAGCUGGUCCAUUUGGUAAUGUACAAUCUGAGCUACUUUUCCAAAAAGAUGCAUCAGCUUUCACAUUUGAGAAAGGUUGGGCAUUUCCAAGAAGAAUCUAUUUCAAUGGAGAUAACUGUGUCAUGCCUCCUCCAGAUUCUUACCCUUGGCUGCCCAAUAUCGGUUCACACAAAUCAAUUGGUUCUCGGUUUGCAGCAAUGGCCUUGUUGUUACUGACUGUGCUCCUACAUGGGAACUUGUAAGAAACAAGAAUCAUCAAGUGUAGAGCGUAGCUUUCUUAUCAAGAGAGAAUUGUUAGCUUAGUGUUUCCUAUCGACUGUUGUCAGUACUCUGUACAACGGUUUAACCUUUGUAUGAUCUUUGUAUAUGAUUGUUCGUCUCCAGUCAACUGUUAUUAAUACCAUUCGCGAGUCCUCCACCUAGUGGUGGCAAAUGGUGUA